GAAAUCUGCUCACAUGUCUUCCUUCUUCCUCCCUUCCUCCCGUCCCGCACGCGGCUUUGCCAGAUGCGGCCUUCCAAUUUAGGCCGCCUCCAAUUUAGACCAUCUCAGCGCCGAGUUGCCUUUCCGUCAUUGGCAUACAUAUAUAGUAAAAUAUAAUAUGGUUCGGCAACACAAUAAUAAAAAAACUGAAGCAAUUGUGCAUCAAUUGGAAGAGAAUGACUAACGGUGGUCGGCACCUAUUUUGUAGGUCAGGAUGAGAUUGUGAAGAUGAGAAAUGGAACUCAUUAUCCUCAGUUCUUGUGCAACUGCUUCUAUUCAGUACAUUAUCCGUGUGCAAAGAAGAGAACUGUGGGAUUCUGCUGUUGCUUCUGAGACAAUCGCCUUCUGCUAAUGGGAAAGGGGCUUCAAUGGGGAAAGGAAUUCGUCAGUUCCGGCAGUCCCAUUUUCCCUAGCUAAGUGGGAAACCAAUUUCUUUAGGUUGGAGAAUGGCUGCCCUCUGUCAAACAGCAGAAAGAUUAAGUUGAUUCAAGGCACCACAGGAAAGAACAGUUUCUACGUUGCUUAUAAAAAAGACCCCCUUCUCUCCUGUCCUUGUCCUCAUAGUCGCAUUGAAUGUUGGAUUCCUUUAAACUUAAUGAAUUCUAUCCACAGUUUUAAGGAAACACAGUUCCGACUUUUCUUCUAACAGAUGCAGUAAAUCCCAUGACUCCCGCUGAAACCUUCCAGGUUCAAACUAGUUGCAAUCGAAACUAAUAAAUUAUUUCAUCGUCGAAAGUCCAAACACCACAGUCGAGUAUCCAAAAACUAAAUCUAUUAAAUCCAGGCCUUCCCAACUCACCAUUCACGCUUCCUCACAUGAUCAUUUCCUGCAACAUAUUCAUACUCGUUUUCAUAUGCAGUCAAAAUCUGGACUACAACCCCUUUUAAAACCCUCCAUUUCGGCCUCCACCGCACAACCCGCCCACCACCAUGAAGUCACCACCGCCUUCCCUCCUCCCCUUCUUCCUCAUCCUCGUCUUCUUUUCAUUAUUCUCCACAUUCAGCUUAGCCAAUCUCGAAGCAGAGGCCCUUUUGGGAUGGAAAACCUCACUCCAAGGAAGAGAUUCGCUCUCCUCCUGGACCAGCAACGGCACAUCUAGCAAGACCAACCCCUGCAAAUGGAAAGGCAUCGUCUGCAGCGCCUCCGACUCCAUCACCGAGAUAAACCUCGCCGGAUUUUCCUUGACGGGCACCCUUGCCUCCUUCAACUUCUCUGCCUUCCCCAACCUCUCGCGCCUCGACCUCAACCUGAACUCGCUCUCCGGCAGCAUACCACAGGGGAUCGGCUCCCUGACACAGCUUGUCUAUCUCGACUUGGGCAGCAACUUGUUCAACGGCACGGUGCCGCCGGAGGUCGGAAACCUGAACCGCCUCACAAUCCUUAGGCUCUACAACAACACCCUUGCAGGUGCUAUUCCUUACCAACUCACCAAUCUCACCAAUGUCGUGAUCUUCGAUUUGGGCUCCAACUUUCUCACCGCGCCGGACCCAUCAAAGGUCUCCGACUUGCCAUCGGUGACAUACCUUGGUCUCUACCUGAACAGCCUGACCGGUGAGUUCCCGGCCUUCGUGCUCCGGUGCCCCAAAGUGGAGUUCCUUGACUUGUCUUUGAACAACCUGACCGGCAAAAUUCCGGAUGAGAUUGCCACACGACUCCCCAAGCUCCGUUUCUUCAACAUCACCAAUAAUGGCUUCCAAGGCCCAAUACCACAACAGUUAUCAAAACUAGCCAAGCUAGAAGCCUUGCAAUUGGGUAGAAACAACUUUUCAGGUCAGAUUCCAGAGUGGAUCGCCUCGUUGCAGAGCCUACGCAUCCUCGAGCUCUAUGAAAACAGCCUAUAUGGCAGCAUCCUUGCGUCGUUCGGCCAUCUCAAGUCUCUUGAGCGGCUCGACCUGCACCAAACAGGUCUGAAUUCAACCAUUCCCCCGGAGCUGGGCCAAUUGAGGAAUCUUACCACGCUGAAUUUGUCCGAUAAUAAGCUAACCGGUCCCCUCCCUCAGACCCUCGCUAACUGGACAAAGAUGAGGGACUUGGGCAUGUCUGGUAAUUCACUAACAGGGGUGAUAGAACCCAUCUUCCUCACCAACUGGACUCAACUAACUUCUCUGCAACUUCAGAGCAAUCAGCUGACGGGAAGCAUCCCAAUGGAGAUCGGAUUGCUGAAGAAUCUCACGUAUCUCUACUUGUUCAAAAAUAUGAUUACGGGUUCAAUUCCACUGUCCAUAGGAAACCUAACCAAUCUGGUACAACUUGACCUCUCAGAGAACCAGCUCACCGGCCCCAUACCGCCCACAAUUGGAAAGCUGACGCAGCUCAACCUACUCAACCUCUUCAACAACAAACUCAACGGAAGUAUCCCGCCUGAGAUCGGAAACACGAGUUCUUUGCAGCAAUUGGACAUGAAUACCAACAAUUUGCAGGGCUUGCUACCCCAGUCCAUCUCCAAACUUCAGAAUCUCGAGCUCCUUUUCAUAUACACUAAUAACUUGUCCGGAGAAAUACCGUCGAACUUUGGAUCCUCUGGAAGCCUGGUUAACGUGAGCUUCUCGAACAAUAGCUUCUCCGGCUCCUUGCCUUCCGGGAUCUGUGCUGGUGGGAAGCUGAUUUACUUCACCGCAAGUCAGAACAAUUUCAGUGGGCCGCUGCCGUCAACAUUGAAGAACUGCUCUCUUCUGACAAGAAUUCGACUGGAGAAGAAUCAUUUCACUGGAGAUAUCUCUGAAUCGUUCGGAGUGUACCCAAAUUUGGUGUACAUGGAUGUGAGCAAUAACAACCUCUUCGGCAAGAUUUCCCCAGCUUGGGCGCAGUGCAGCAACCUCACUUUUCUCAACCUAGCGGACAACAAAAUCUCUGGAAGCAUACCCCCGGAGAUUGGCCGGUUAUCCAUGCUGCGCAGCCUCAGCCUGGGCUCGAAUUCCCUUUCAGGUAAAAUUCCGGUAGAAUUGUUCAAUUUAAGGACCGUCUUCAAGCUAAAUUUGAGCAACAACGGACUCUCCGGUGUCAUCCCGCCUGACAUAGGCCAAUUAUCCAAUCUGGAAACGCUCGAUCUGUCUUACAACAAUCUGAGCGGACCAAUCCCCGGAGAGGUCGGCAAGUGUUCGAAACUGCAGUUAUUGAACCUCAACCACAACCAUCUGAACGGGGAGAUCCCGUUCGAGAUUGGCAACCUGGUUUCGUUGCAAUCACUGCUUGAUCUAAGCUCCAAUGACCUCAUCGGAAAGAUACCGUCACAAUUGGGGAAGCUAGUGUCGUUAAUGAGCCUGAACCUUUCAAGAAAUCAACUCUCCGGCCAAAUCCCUGAUGACUUCAGUGACCUGAGAAGUUUGCAAAGCGUCGACUUCUCCUACAACCAACUCUCCGGCCCACUACCGGACAACAGGCACAUUCUGGACUCACCCUUUUCAGCAUUCAUCGGAAACCCCGGCCUAUGUGGGAAGGCAAAGGGCUUAACCGAAUGUCCUAUCUCGAUCGGAAAAAGGAACUCGCGCUCGAAAAUCCUGAUCCUAGCCAUUCUGCUCCCGGCAAUACUAGUCUUCAUCCUGCUGCUCGCCUUCUUAUGCCUAAUCUACAGGCGAGACGAAUGGUCCGCCAUAAUCGACCGAAAUCACGGGCGGGAGAUCAAGAUUUGGAACGUGAAAGGGAAACUGAGCUUCACCGAGAUCGCCGCAACGACAGAAAACUUCAGCGACAAGUACUGCAUAGGCAAGGGCGGGUUCGGGAGCGUCUACCGUGCCGCACUGCCGUCCGGCCAAAUACUCGCCGUGAAAAGGCUGCUUCCGUCGGAGGAAGGUUUUCAGGCGGUUGAGCAGAAGAGCUUCCGGAACGAGAUCAGGGCGCUGACGGAGGCCCGGCACCGGAACAUAGUGACGCUGUAUGGGUUCUGCACCAAGGAGAGGAGCAUGUAUCUGGUGUAUGAGUAUUUGGAUCGGGGCAGCUUGGGGGGCUUGCUGUACGGGAUCCAUGGCGAGUGGGAGGAUCUGAGUUGGGAGGUUCGGGUCCGGAUUUUGAGGGGCGUGGCUCAUGCGCUCUCCUACCUUCACCACGACUGCUCGCCUCCCAUCCUGCAUAGGGACAUCUCCAUCAACAACGUUUUGUUGGAUUCGGAUCUUGAGGCCCGGGUCUCAGACUUCGGUACAGCAAAGGUUCUUGGACCCAAUACCAGCAGCUUCACCGCCGCCGCUGGGUCCUACGGCUACAUGGCACCUGAAUUGGCAUAUACAAUGAAGGCGACGGAGAAGUGUGAUGUCUAUAGCUUUGGAGUUGUGGCGUUAGAGUUGAUGAUGGGGAAGCACCCUGGCAACGUCAUCUCCAUCUUGUCGAUGGCGGCGGCACAAAUUCCCGGCGGCAGCGCGGAGGAGUUCUUGCUAAACGACGUGCUGGACCCGCGGUUGCCCCUACCGACGGGCCAGCUCGCAGAGGAGGUAGUCUUCGUGGUCUCCGUAGCUCUUGCUUGCACUCGGUCAAGGCCUGACGCUCGGCCGACCAUGCGGCAUGUGUCUCAAGAGCUCUCUGCUUCUACGCUGCCUUACCUCUCUCAACCACUGGAAUCGAUCACACUGAACAAAUUAAGCUACAGCAAGACCUAGUGUGUCAUCUCUUUUGGCUUCUGAAUAUCAAGCCGAUUUGUAACCAUGGUUUUGUACCUUUGUAGCGUCAAUAUUCACUUAUCUGAGGUUGUCAGGAUGGUUAAGAGUUUGAGAGAUUGGGUUGAGAUUGUCUUCAGUGGUGUUUGAUGAAGCUGGAUGCGUUAACUUUGGAUCUGAGGUCACUUGUAUUUGCAGAACUCUUCAUUUGUAUAUGAAGCCCACUUGAAUAGUAAAACUUAAAUGCCGA